GCAUCGUGUCCCGACACUGUCGCGUGGAUAUUGGGCUCGGUCGGUUGUGUCGUCUUGUAUACGCUGCUAUCAUUGUCUGAUAUUUGAUGGACUCAGGAAUGUUCUGCUAAGUUUGUUGGAUAUGAGUGGAAUGUCACGUUGCUGAGAGUCAGGAUACCUCCAGGAUGCGCUCGGAGCCCGGAGCUGUAGGCCUUGAUGUGGAGGCGAGCACGGGAUGCUGCUGGGAGCUUGCAGACUCCAAGAGCAGCAGAAAGCACACGGCAAACCAACCCGACACGGACUCUUCCUCAAUAAGUGACGAAACUUCCGGUUUGGGCGAUUCUUUAACAGGCAGAAGUCGAAUAUCCAGUGCAACUUCCGGUAGAAGACGAAAGCCAAUUUUGAACGCUCGGGAAAAGAACAUGAGGAGGCUGGAAAGCAACGAGAGAGAAAGGAUGAGAAUGCACAGCCUAAACGAUGCCUUCCAAUCACUACGAGAGGUCAUCCCUCACGUGAAAAAAGAAAGACGAUUGUCAAAGAUUGAGACAUUGACACUGGCCAAGAACUACAUCAUGGCACUCACCAACGUUAUUUGUGACAUGAGAGGAGAAGAGAGCCCGUAUGAACCUCUAGCUGCCCCAUCCCCGUCUCCGUCGGCUACUCCUGCUGAUGAAGAAGACGCGGCCGACAAGAGUUUCUACGAUUUUGAAUAAAUUGACAGUGUAUGGACUCCAAUAUGUAUGGACUUUUGGGAUUGGGACUAUGCACUAGCAGUCCACGAACCUUCCUGUAGGAUGAGAGAUAUUUCUUCAAAUGAACGAUUAAACAGUUUAUAACUGUCACUAACCGCAUUAUCGGAUAAAGCAACAUAUGCCACAUACAAAAUGGAAGAGCUCCUUAAGCUAGGAUAACCAAAGUUGUUUACGUCCUUGUAUCAAUUGAACCUCUAAAUGCUAGGUACCUGAAAUUUAAAACGUUUUAAUUUUCUUUUUAGUCUUGACUGUAUCACACGCUAUCUUAUUGUAAUAGUAAAUGAAAUGGAUGAUCUAUUUAUUCUUAUUCAGGCCAAUUUAUUGCAGAUAAAAUUUAUUUUGACGAUAAAGUUUGAAGGAUAGCAUCAUUAAAGUUUGCAUUAGGAACGAAUUUAUGUAGUGGACGUCUAGUGGUGCAAAUAUGGAAGUAAAUAUAGGUGUACCUCGUUAAAUUAAAUAUGGUUUUGAAUCGUUAUAAUACUAAUAACAAAUUCCAUAACUAGCUGCUCGUUUAUUUUAACGAUUGUAAGCUGAACUUCAUGAAAGCUCAAUUGAGUAAAAUGUGUAGCAGAAUUAGGGUAGUUUUAUUGUAAAUAUAAGCAGGUAUUUAUUUUUGUACAGAUAAUUUAAGUCGUAUGUAAAAUUUAGACCAUAGAUGAAGUUCUUAUGUUCCUCAUUCCAUUCCAUUAUCUUCUUUUAUCUCCACAAAGAAAAUUUCUCGUAUUAAGUAUAUAUGCUAUGAAUAUAAUUUAACCAGAUUUAUUUUCAUAACCAUAAGUUACUGAUUAGAAUUCUGACUCUGUUUUAAAUAGUAAUGUUAUACACUUAAAAGGAAAUUGUACUAAGUAUAUACAAUAUUCGAGUAUGGUAUAAAAACAUUACGUGAACAAAUGGAAAACCAUGAACAUUACAACAAAAUGGUAACAAAAUAUUUUCUAAUAUUUAAUUUUUAAUCUUAACCUGUUUUAAGGAGGACAUAUGAAUUUUUUAACUUUCUUAGGAAACAAUCUCAGAUGGUUUUGGACAUAUUAGAAUCAGGCACAAUAAAUCAGUAUGAAAAUAAAAGUCGAAAAAUAAUUUAAAUUACCAAAUGGAAAUACGUAACUUGAAUAUAAAACUUAAAGUAUCCCAUUGUAAAAAAAAGACUGGACUGUUUUGAGUGAGAUUUGGAUAACCGUUAUGACCAGGUGUUUACGAAACUUAAAUAGAGUGGGUAAUUAAUAGAAAACAUUAUUGUGUACUAUAAGAUUUUGUUACAAAUGAAAAUUAUAUUUUUAAUAAACUUUUCAAAUAUAUUUUGCACGCUUUACUUAUCAAGACAAACAAAUAACUACACUGCCAAAAUAUACUUUUAAUAAUCAACCGCAAAUUAAUUAUUAAUUCAAAAAUAUGGUUUGGAUAUCAAUUUGAAAACUCGAAAUCCAUCAUGAAUACAAACUAUUUUUUAAAACUUCACUAAAGUAGAAAUUACACUUUAGAAGACACAAUUUUUCGGAAAUAAAUCUACAUUUUAAGAAUGCUAGAUGAAAAUACUAUUUUGAAACGGUUGAAUUUUUUAUUAGCUUAUUUAAGAAUGUCCAACAAAUGAAUACUUAGCGUUAAAAAAUAAUAUGGACCUCCAUGGUGGGGAGCGAUAAUAUUAAAAUAUAAUGAUUUUAAUGUUAUUGCAUUAAGUACUCGUUUCAGAAUAAAAAUAUAUUGUAUCAAAUAUGUAAAAACAAUUCAAAGUAAUAGUUUAAAUGUUACCACAUGUAUACAGUAUAACACAAACGAUAGCAACAAUAACGAUAUUACAUGAAACUGAUCGUUUAACAUGUUACAGUUAUAGAAAUUCAAUCCACUGUAAAAUAAUACAUUUUACACGCAAUAGUGUAUUAUUCCCACAACUACGAUUAUUUCAAGAGUAAAAUGUAUAAAACUAUAGUUUUUAUGACUGAUAUCUUAAGAUAAUUCAAGACCCUGGAAUUGACAUCCUUUCUCAAAUGAGAUUACUUCUUAAUUCAGUGCCAUCUAAUUCAAUUUAAUUAAUUUAUGCAAUGGUUUACAUUAAUUAAUAAUUAAUCCAAUUAGUAACGAUUAGUAUUAUACCUUUAUGUACAGUUACUAAACCUUUAAUGAAUACUAGAUUUAUUUAAUUGUUUUUAAAUGAUUAACACUAAGAAACCAUAGUUGUUAUCUCAAACCUAAUGUAAUGAAAUAUUUUACCAACACUAUUAGUACAUUUAAUAAAAUAUGUUACGGCAGACCUUUAAAAUUAAGUUUAAACAGUUUGCCAAAUUUAGUGCAAAGUAUGUUAAUUAUUGUUAAUAUGUAGUUUUUAGAGAAUUAUGAGUAGCUAAUUUUAAUUAAAACAAUUUUACUUAAAUUCACCGACAAAAAUGUUCAUUGAUGUUUCUGUUGUACAUAAAAGUUGUAUUGUACCUCUGUUGUGUGUGAGGAACCGAUUUUAGCAUCCACAUUACUUACCACAAUCACUGACGACUGCUGCUCUCUUUCGGAAUUUUUUAUUACUGCUACUAGUUAUAUACUAAACGUAGGAUAACUUUAUAACCAUCUCAGUGUUGUACUUGUGAUGUUUAGAUUACGGACCCUGUAUGCCUUAAGGGUGAUUGUGUAGCUUAUAUUAAGAUGCCAAUUUGUAUACAUGUCAGUGUUAACAGUUAGUUGAGAUUUGUCAAGGUCCAAAAUAAAUGUUUUAUAGUUUUUAUUUGCAUUAAGUAUUCGCCUUUUUUAAUUAUAAUACGUGUUUCAGCUUGAUUUGCUUUAUGUAGCUGAAAAUGUUAUGUAUUACAAGGCUCCUUCUUGAGUAAGUUACGUUUUCAGUGACAAACAUGUAUGAGUCAGUACGUAUAAUUUCAGGUCUAAGGCAUGUUUAGAGUAAGGCCUCUUGUCUUGGACAUACCAGAUCCAUCAACAUUAGCGUACUGGCAUAAUUAUAAAGUUGGAUAACAUAUAAAUAAGCCUCAUAAAAUUGUACAACACAGUAAUUUUUUUUUAAUUUCUGUAAUGCUAACGUUGUUUUUAGUAAGGAAUAGACGAUUAGGAACGGCUUUUCUUUACUCGAUUCAGUCUGCUUGUAAACUCAAAAAACUUGUGUUCAAUACUGCAUAAAAUAAAGAGAGAAAAGUUAUGCCGUUAACUGUAAUCAAUGUUUAUCGUCUUAAAGAAAUAGGUAUUAGGCGAAUAAAGAUAGACGAUUCUUCUUAUGGAAAUAUUCUAGGAUUAUGUUCUUUUCCAUGAUGGAUCACAGAGGAUGGACUUAUCUAAGAAAACUAUUAGUUAGGGAAGCACCAAUUCAACGUAUGGUAGAAGACAUAUCAAUGUAAGGCAGGGUUGUGGCGCGGUGUUGCCAGCUGUAACGGAAGAAUAACUAGUGACGGAAUAAUUGAACUAUUUUUACAAUAGAGUAAUGUUAGGCCUACUCCUUGUCUUAAUCUUUCAUUUAUUUUCCUGUUUCCUUCACCUUCACGGUUAUAUUAACACGUGUUAACACUAAAGCACAGAACGUUAGCAAAAAGUAAUAAAUUAAAAACUUGCAGAGUAAUCGAACGCCGAAGAGCAAAACGGAUGUAAACAACCAGAACGAAGCGAGAUGUCGCCUCAUACUGAGAAUCAGCUAAUAUGAAAAUGUGGCAACGCCGCAUGGUGAGGGGGGAAGUGGGGUGCGGUAACUUCCCAUACGGUCAGACUUGCAAUCAUGUCUCGUACUAUAGUACUAUGCCAAAAUAAAGAUAUUGUCCUCAAACAAUUCCACAUCACCGUUAUUCAACUGAUAUAGUGGAAUACAUAGCACAAGAUGGAAUUUUGGCCAUGCUAUGUAUAUUUGUACUGAAAAUAAGUUACCAAGUAACAAGAAGUAAUUUUCAGAGCUUGUUUUGUAUAUGUUAUUCGUUAUAGUUUAAAAGACUCUAAAGCUAUUGUAUAUUGUUAGGUUAGUUAAAACUGUUAUAAAUAUUCACGACAUUUGUUGGCCUACAUUUUUAUUUAAACUAGUCUUGAAGAUAAUGUGUAGAAAUAGUCCCUAAUAAGUCUUUCUCAUUACGGCAACCCACUUUGUAUUUCAAUUAAUUGUUUAUCUGUGUCUUGCUUUGCACACAGAUAAUAAUUUUAUUCACUGUUGUUGCUUCUUCAAGUUUCGCUUCUCUAUUGAACAUUUGGACAGUGUUCCUGCCUAAGUGAAAGGGCCUAUAUCUCAACGUUAUGUCUAUACGAUUUAAUUCUAAGGAAUCAGUCAAUUUGUGUCGUGUUUCACCAUAUCUGAGUGUUUCACCAUACGCUUCAUCCGGCUACGCCUCGGUGUCUGAACGAUCUUGUUGUCACUGUCAUCCUGUCUAUUGUAUUGUAUCUCUCAUGUGUAUCUUCCUCGACUAACUAUAUCAAUGGGCCUUCACGUUGUUAAAAUCAUCACCUAAUGUAAGUAUUUUUACAUGUUAAGUGUACGUUUAUAUCAAUUAUAUCAGAUGAAAUCUCAAGAAUUCUGACAGGUACAUCCAAAAGUUCUAUUAGGGAUAGAAAUAGAUGAUAAAACAGAACUACAUAAGGAAUUGUUUGUACAUUCAUGCAUAUAGAAGAAUAUAUAUUAAUUUUUUUAUUUAAACUUAAAAGACUCUUUGUAUGUAACGAUAGCUUAAUGUUUUACUGAAAACUCUUAAGUGAUAUUUUAUUUAAUAUAAUUUUCAGUAAAAAAUACAGGUUUUACCACAAACGUGUUGUUCAAGAUGAUUUUUUAACAGAAACUGUGAGAAUCACUUCAGUUCUGUGAAAUUAAACAGUUUGCGUAAGUAGAUUAGGUGUUCAUAAUAUAGCCAGAAAUAUAUGUCUAUUUUUGGAAAAUAUCUACAUAGUAUAAUAAGAACCAGUGUUUGUACAGUAUAUGCCUAGAUAAUAGUUUAGUCUAAUAAAUACCGAAUAUUUUGUGAAUACAUUCUUAUCAGUGAGUUAGUAUUAGAAUAAUAUUUGAAUUUUAAGAGUUUAUUCAGCAUGCUUGCUUGAAAAGAAUAAAUUGUGAUGAGACUGUA